GUUUACGGCGGCGCACUUGGAGGUUAUGUUGUGAAUGGUAAAUGUGCUUUGACUACUCCGAAAAUUGAAAGAAAUAAACAGAAUGGCAAUAAUGUUUGGGAAUUUGUUGAGAAAUAUUGAGAAGUGCUGUAGUCAAGUCUGUAAAUUCAGCAGUGCUGUUGACAGCCUCACGACAAAUGCUGUCAAACCUAUUCUAGGGACACGAAAGUACUUGGAUGAGGAUUAUCUGUACAUGAAGAAACGACAAGUAUGGAUUGAGAAUUUGGACGAAGUGGUUGAGAGAAAAUUGGGCCUUUCUGAAUUGCAUCCUGCAAUUUUCGCAGAUAAACCGAGAGUUGAUAUUCUGCAUCAAAAUAUAAGAUGGCAGAGGAUGUAUAAAUAUAUUAAUUUUGCACAUGGUAGAUCAAGGGCCGAAAUGCCCGGCGGUGGACGUAAACCCUGGCCUCAAAAAGGUACCGGAAGAGCUAGGCAAGGAAGUAUCAGAGCUCCCCAAUGGAUCAAAGGAGGGCAGGCCCAUGGCCCAAGAUCACCAACCACCCACUUUUACAUGCUACCAUUUUACAGCAGAAUAGCUGGGCUGACGACUGCCUUCUCUGUAAAACUUGCUCAGGACGAUCUUCAUAUAGUCAAUGAUCUCGAAAUUCCCACCAAAUCACCAGAGUUCAUUGAAUCACUCAUUGAGGAAAGGAAUUGGGGGCCAGCCGUACUCUUUGUUGAUACCGAAGAUUUAAUGCCGGAGAAUAUUACUUUAGCUACCGAGACGUUGAAACAUGUUAAUUUGAUGCCAGUCUAUGGUUUAAACGUUUACAGUAUGUUGAAACAUGAUACUCUGGUCUUAACGGAGCGGGCAGCUCGUCGAAUAGAGGAUAAAUUACUGCACCACCUGCACAGAUCUGACAACCGUGCUUUCACAAAGAAGUUCAAAUCUGAUCAAGCAUAAAACUGAUCAAUAAAAGUAAACAUAUGUAUUAUCUAAUAAUUAUUAAAUCAUAAAAUCUUCACUG